AUCGCAUGUAUGUGUUUCCGGUUUGAAGCGACGUCACUCAUGAGCUACCAGGAAGAAAAUAUGUAAACAUUACGCUACUUUGUAGUAACUUCGGCAACAUUGUUGUCAUGCAAACUUUGAUACGUGUUGUAUCUUUAUGACAGAUUGUAGCAGGUCUACGGGGGCAUGUGGUCAUUUGAAGGACAACCGGUCAGACAGAUAGACAAACAGUGUCAGAAUGAUCGGACACACGCUGCACGCGGGGAGACGUGCCCUCUAUCCCGGUCUGCGAUACUUCUCUGAGACUCCCUGCGGAGAAAUAAUUGAGGAUGUACUUGAACGGACAGACUAUCCACGUGUCACAAAGCAGGCGUCUCUCUACGUGCACUGGCCUUACUGUCUCAGGAGGUGUUCCUACUGCAACUUUAACAAGUACAUACCCAAAGACAACAAUGACCACGUGAUGACUGAAUGCCUUCAAAGGGAGACGGAGACGUUGCUGCAGCUCAGUCAGGUAUCUUGCAUCACCUCAGUGUUUUUUGGUGGUGGGACUCCAAGCCUGGCUCACCCCUCAACUAUUGCUGCAGUACUCGAAACUGUUUCCAGGCGGGCGUAUCUAUCAGAUAAGGCUGAGGUCACGCUCGAGGUCAACCCUACUCCUGCGGGAAAGACUAAAUUAGAGGACUUUUGCCGUGCAGGGGUGAACCGUUUCUCCAUCGGGGUCCAGUCUCUGAAGGAUGAGGAUUUAAAAAUCCUGGGAAGAGACCACAGCCCUCAUCAGGCUUUGCAAACUGUCGAUGAGGCCAGGAGGCUGUGCCCCGGGAGGGUGUCGGUGGAUGUCAUGUUCGGACGGCCCAAUCAGAGCGUUGAAUCUUGGGAGAACGAGUUGUCUGAGCUGUUGACUGUGUGCGAUGACCACGUGUCUCUGUACCAGCUGACAUUGGAGCGAGGUACGCAGCUGUUCAAACAGGUGCGAGGAGGAGAAGUGACCAUGCCCGCUGAAGAUGUGACCGCAGAGAUGUACCAGUGUGCCAGGAGGACUCUUCAGCAGCAUGGCUUUCUGCAGUACGAGGUGUCUAACUUUGCAAGACAAAACGCAGUGAGUCAUCACAAUAGGAGCUACUGGAAGGGAGGACAGUACAUCGGUGUCGGCCCAGGUGUCCUCCGCGAGGCCCGGACGCAGACCCUGGAGCCCGACGUCUGGAUCCGUGAAGUCCAGCAGAGGGGACAUGCGACACGGAGGCGGAUUCAACUCAGCCAUCUCGAACUAUUGGAGGAGGUGUUGGUGAUGGGAAUGAGAAUGACCCAGGGCAUUAAUCCCAAGCACUGGGAGUCGUUUAGCCCUCACCUGGGCCUCCAUGAAGUUUUUGGUACAUCCAGUGACGUCCAAGAGUUGAUACGGAGUGGACAACUCAUUCUUGAUGACAGAGGUUUACGCUGCUCCUGGGAUGGACUGGCCUUACUGGACAGCAUGCUGCCAGCUCUACUGGUGGAGCUGCAAAGACAAAUGAGUCAGAGGGACGACCGUGCAGACGGACGAACAAAGAGGAGCUCCGACCCACAAUGACAGUAAUGUUAACGUAGCAGAUGACUUCAGAGAAAGUUUGUUUGUGGAUUAGACUAAAAGGACAGAUAUUUAUAGGCCGGAUCUCACUUAUUUAAUGUUUUGCCAUUUUUCACAUUGUAUUAAUUGAGUGUGUUACUGCAAGAAUCUUUUCUUUGCCCCUGUUUAGAGAGAAAUAAAGCAGGCCCCACAGGCUUUUAUAUUA